AGUGUCUAGAUGGAGCCUUCAGGCAUCCCAGAGUCCACCACUCCUUGGUAUUAUGAUCCUCAGAGCUUUAUGUGUGAGCUGCAGACCUUCACCUUCGCUGCCUUUAACACCACCAUCCUGUACUCUCUGGUGUUCCUCCUCAGCCUGGUGGGCAACAGCCUGGUCUUGUGGGUCCUGGUGAAGUACGAGAGCCUGGAGUCCCUCACCAAUGUUUUCAUCCUCAACCUGUGCCUCUCAGACCUGGUGUUCGCCUGCUUGUUGCCACUGUGGACCUUGGGAUACCACUGGGGGUGGAUGCUGGGAGACUUCUUCUGCAAGCUCUCCAACAUGAUGUUCUCCACCAGCCUCUUCAGCAGUAUCUUCUUCCUGACAAUCAUGACCAUCCACCGCUACCGGUCUGUGGUGAGCCCCCUCUCCUCCCUGCGAGUCCACACCCUCCGGUGCCGAGCAUUGGUAACCACAGCUGUGUGGGCAGCCAGCAUCUUGUCCUCCAUCCCUGAUACCAUGUUCCACCAAGUGUUUACUAAUUCAGAAACUUCCACCUGUGAGUAUUCCGAAACCAAGUGGUUCCUGGCCUCGACCUAUCAGCACAUCAUCUUCUUCCUGCUCUCCAUGGGGGUCAUCCUGUUCUGCUACUUGGAGAUUCUCAGGACUCUGUUCCGCUCCCGGUCCAGACGGCACCACCGGACAGUAAGGCUCAUCCUCACCAUUGUGCUGGCACAUUUCGUCAGCUGGGCUCCCUACAACCUGGUCCUGUUUCUGCAGACACUACAGACGCUUGGGGUCAUUCAGAGCUGCACGGUCAUCGAGCAGCUGCAUUACGCCUUGCUCAUCUGCCGCAAUUUUGCCUUCUCCCAUUGCUGCUUCAACCCAGUGCUCUACGUCUUUGUGGGCGUCAAGUUCCGCAGACACCUCAAAAGCCUGCUCCGGAACCUCUGGCUCUGCCGAUCACAGCCACCCAGCCCUUCCCCCCCAGGUGCCUUCCACUCUGAGGGCGCCUCCUUCUAUUAA